GUCAAGGAUGAUGAAGUAUUUCCAAUGAACCCUCCCAAGUACGAUAAAAUUGAGGACAUGGCCAUGAUGACCCACCUCCAUGAACCCGCUGUGCUGUACAACCUCAAAGAGCGUUACGCAGCCUGGAUGAUCUACACCUACUCGGGCCUCUUCUGUGUCACUGUCAACCCCUACAAGUGGCUGCCGGUGUACAACCCGGAGGUGGUGUCUGGCUACCGAGGCAAAAAGCGCCAGGAGGCCCCUCCACACAUCUUCUCCAUCUCUGACAACGCCUAUCAGUUCAUGCUGACUGAUCGUGACAAUCAGUCUAUCCUUAUCACUGGAGAAUCUGGUGCAGGGAAGACUGUGAACACAAAGCGUGUCAUCCAGUAUUUUGCAACAAUUGCAGUUACUGGUGAGAAGAAGAAAGACCAACAGCCUAGUAAAAUGCAGGGAACGCUUGAGGAUCAAAUCAUCAGCGCCAACCCACUGCUGGAGGCCUUUGGCAACGCCAAGACUGUCAGGAAUGACAACUCCUCACGCUUCGGGAAGUUCAUCCGGAUCCACUUCGGAACAACAGGCAAGCUGGCCUCUGCGGAUAUAGAAACCUAUCUCCUGGAGAAAUCCAGAGUGACUUUCCAGCUGGCCAGUGAAAGGAGCUAUCAUAUUUUUUACCAGAUCAUGUCCAACAAGAAGCCGGAGCUCAUUGAUCUCCUUCUCAUCACAACCAACCCCUACGACUUCACCUAUGUGAGCCAAGGGGAAAUCACUGUUGCCAGCAUCGAUGACAGCGAAGAGCUGUUGGCGACAGAUAACGCCGUGGACAUCCUAGGCUUCAGCCCUGACGAGAAGGUGGGGAUGUACAAGCUGACAGGGGCCGUCAUGCACUAUGGGAACAUGAAGUUCAAGCAGAAGCAGAGGGAGGAGCAGGCGGAGCCAGACGGCACGGAAGGUGGGGAGGGUUGCUUGAAACGCUGGGACUGCUUUUACCUUUCCAGAAACUAAGCUUUAGCAGUCAGA